CUUUUGCCUCCAAAAAAUUUCAGCGCUUUGCCGCGAGUGAGUGAAAAUUUCUAAAGCCCCGCUUUCAAUUUCGGCAUCAAAAUUUUUGAACCCCGCCUUUCCCAUUUCCUAAUUCGAGCCCGCCCUAUUCUCCCUCCCAUCCAAAAAAUCCCUAAAUCACACACUCUGCUACAGACAACCAAACUCUGGAAUUCACUCUCUCAGAUCUCUAGAUUUCAUUUCUUUCUGCCAAAACCCUCAACUUAGGGUUUUAUACCUUCUGUCACUAUUCGAUUUGUUUGGUCACAUGGCGAGCGAAACCCUAGAGGAGAAGAAAUCAGAGGAGGAAGCUCCCAUGGAGGACAAAGGGGAGCCCAAACCUAAAGAAGGAAAAGAGAAAGCGGACGAAGAGGAGAAGGAAGAGAAGGAAGAAGAGAAGGAGGAAGGGAAUACGGAAGUUCCUGAGAAAGAGGUUUCUCAGGCCAAUGAAGAAACAGAACAGAAAGACGUUGGAGAGGAAGAGAAAGAAGAACAGGAAGAAAAGGCUGACGUAGCUAAGGUGGAAAAGGAAGAAGAUGCAGAAGAAGAAGAAGAUGAGAAGGAAGAAGAAAAGAGCAAGAAAGCUAAGCGAGGUGGCCGAAGAAGUUCCUCGAAGAAAGAGCAGAACGAGUCGAAGAAGAGAACGCAGGAAUCUUCCGAGAAGAAACAAAAUAAAGAAUCAAUUGAUAAGAAAGAGAAAGAGCCCGUGACGCCUAGCAGUGAGAGGCCUACCAGAGAGAGGAAGAUGGUGGAAAGGUACUCCGCACCAGAGCCUGGGAGAUCAGCAAGCAAGCCAUUGUCCAUUGAGAAGGGUCGUGGCACACAGCUGAAAGAUAUUCCAAAUGUGGCUUUCAAGUUGUCAAAGAGAAAACCUGAUGACAAUCUGCAGUUACUUCACACUAUACUUUUUGGAAAGAAAGCAAAGGCACACAAUUUGAAGAAAAAUAUAGGCCAGUUUUCGGGCUAUGUCUGGACUGAGAAUGAGCAGGAAAAACAUAAAGCAAAAGUAAGGGAAAAACUUGAUAAGUGUGUCAAAGAAAAGUUGGUGGAUUUCUGUGAUGUGCUUAAUAUUCCAAUUAGUAAGGCAGUUGUGAAAAAGGAGGAGCUCACUGUGAAAUUGUUGGAGUUCUUGGAAUCUCCACAUUCUACAACUGAUGUUUUGCUUGCUGAUAAGGAACAGAAAGGCAAGAAGCGUAAAGUCACAGCAAGCAAAAAUGUAAGCCCUGGAGAAGCAUCAGUUACACCAGCCAAGAAGCAAAAACGAACACCUCAAUCUGGAGAAAAACGGAAGCAUUUGUCCAAAGGUGAUGAGGAUGAGGAUGAAGAUAAGAAUGAAUCACCAGAUGUUAAGGGUGUUAAAGAUGACUCUCAAGAUGAUGAUGAUGAUAAUGAUGAUGAAAAUGAGGUAAUGCCAAAAGAAGAGAGUGACCACGAGGACAACAAAUCAGAGGAAGAAGAAGAUGAACCAGAAGAGCAGACGCCAAAGAAAAAGGCAUCCAAAAAAAGUGUGAAAGAAAGUUCAGGGGCUAAAAGAAAGGACAAACUUACACCUGGCAAAAAGAGCACAGCAAAACCUGUGAAAAGCCCUGCAAAAUCUACCAAAAAGUCUUCUGCCUCAUCAUCAAAGCAAGACACUACAGAACCUGAUGGAACUUCAGGUGCAAUUUCCAAGACUAAGGGAUCUGCAUCUAAGAAACAGAAAGUUGAAAAGGAAAGUGUACCCAGUAAGGACAAGGGCACAGGCAAGAAACAGUCAGGGAAGUUGCCAUCAAAGGCUUCCAUGAAGGAUCAAGGUAAAGCCAAAUCUGGCAAGAAGGCCAAGGCAGAGCCUACCAGAGAGGAUAUGCAUUCAGUGGUAGUAGAUAUUCUGAAGGAAGUGGAUUUCAAUACUGCAACUUUAUCCGAUAUUCUCAGGCAACUUGGUACCCACUUUGGUUUAGAUCUAAUGCAUAGGAAAGCAGAGGUUAAGGAUAUUAUUACAGAGGUGAUAAACAAUAUGUCUGAUGAGGAAGAUGAAGGGGAGGAUGAUAAUAUUGAGCCCGGUGGUGAUGCAGACAAGGAUGGAGACGGUGAUGAUGAUGCCUAGUUCAUAUCAAUGUAGGUGAUUAACAAUGUCAAACAUGAGGUAUGCUGUGUAAUCUUUGGAGAUAAUCUCCCCAUAGGGGUUCUCGAAGACGACUAUUGAUGACAAACUCACAACUACAGCAUGGACUGAAUGACUAUGUCUCAACGAAAAUAUUCCUACAGGGUCUAUUUGUACCAUAUGCAUUAGUAACUUCUUCUUACAACUAGUUUUUGCGCUGACCUUAAGUUUUAGUAGUUCUGCAGCAGCUCCUCUUCCUGUCUGAAAUCCUUCAUCUUUCUAAUUAAAUCUGCCUUUUAGAUGUAUUUAUUGACUGUUCCCAACAUAUGAGCAGUGAAUGAUUUUUCUUUAUUUAAUUGAAUGGUAAAUCUUGAACGUUGAUUGACUAAAAAGGUGCUUUUAAAGCAUCACUAGCUACUUUGUACUUGUUAAUUGUAGCAGUUGAAUAAUAAUUUGGCUUGUCAUUUGGUCGGAUUUUCCUUGUGGCACAUUGCUAGUGCUCAUGAAUGUAACUUAUGGAAGGAAGUUGAAGUCAGUAAAGAAAAAUGUUUCUCUGUAGCA